AUGCGCGGUUUUCAUUGUCCGGCCUAUCGGUUGGACGAAACGACGGUCACUGAAGCAAUCAGUUUCACACGCGCGACUUUGAAAUUUUCACUCUAUUGUGGCCUCGUUUUCAUGGUCACCGUUUCAUUCAUCCCGAGUACCGGUGCGAGCAAAACACCGUUUGAGACCGGGAUUUGGACAGCGCGAAGACGAACUGCCAUGCCCGGUCACUUGGCCACAACAAUUUCAACGCCAAUCACUGAUUCUUCCUCUGUCGCCCCGACUCCCGGUGCUAAAGCGAAUGUAACACAAACAAUCGCGGAACCGCCAUCAUUGGGCUAUUGGUUGAAUCUGGGUAUUCCAUACUAUAAAUGCCCCAGCCAAUUCGACGAGGAUCGUUGUAAAAAUUUGCCAAGUGCGAAAUCCACACCGGAGAACAGUGCCAUAUGGAAACCAGAUUAUGCUAUGUUAAUGGAACGUAUCACUUGCGUGAUACAAAAAUUGAAUUGUCCCACUGAUAAUCGAUCAUUUCAAAUAGAAACCCAUCUGGGCAUGAUGUUUCACGUUCAGAACAAAGAAAGUUUACCCGACGGUCACAGUCUACACGGAUUUCAUAUUCUCGAGAAGUAUUUAGAUAACAAUAGCUACCCAGAGAAGUUUCUCGAUCAAACCGGAACCAAAAGUACAAUCGGAUCACGUCUUACUCGACGCAUGGGACGAGAGUCCUACUCAAAUCGAUUACCCUAUCACCAACGCUAUUUGCACACAACUGAGUCCGUCUAUACUGGCGCUCCAUAUGAGACCACAGGAGAGCAACGAUGGUCCCGACCAAGAGUGCGACGCAAUACGCACGGUGCGAACAGUGCAGACUUUCUGGCGUCCGGUUCUCCCUAUAGUUCAAUGACAACCAAUUCUUUGACCGAAGCGGAUUGUUAUCUAUUGCCCUCCGGAGGAUGUGACAAAUGGUCUUCCCAACUGGUCGAGACCGAUCAGUAUGCCAGUAGUUCGAUUGAACAUAAGGUUCGAAGAAGAACAAAUCAUUCAAUGAACCAGAACGAGUUGAUUGUACAACCACUGAACAGAUCCACUGGACAAAUGCACGUUCGGUAUUUCGAUGACAUGUUGGAUCGACCAGUAAUCGCGAACGCGUUAGAAAAGCGAACUAAAGAGAUGAUCCGAUGUCGGUUACACAAUGUGCACCAGUCUGAUUUGAAAUCUCAUUUCAGACUGGCAGUUUCCAUCACUCAGAACAUGCGCUGA